UGGUCCUUAUUUCGCUGUGGGGUCAAAGUUUAAGGUUUCUGUAGCAAAGGUUACAGCGUGAGCUGAAGAGCCGGCUUUGGUGGGGCGGUGAGGUGAGGAAAAAACAGUAAAAGGUAAAAAAAAAAACAAACAAAAAAAAAACAAACAAUCGAAGAGAAGUGCAGGAGGGCUGAGUCGAAGCUGCUCCAGAGAAGAGCCUGGAGAGGGGAUCUGCAGCCAUGUCGUACUGCCGACAGGAAGGAAAGGAUAAGAUUAUAUUUGUGACCAAAGAGGAUCAUGAAACCCCUAGCAGUGCAGAGCUGAUUGCUGAUGACCCAAAUGACCCUUAUGAAGAUCAUGGAUUAAUUCUCCCAAAUGGAGAUAUCAACUGGAACUGUCCGUGUCUGGGCGGCAUGGCUAGCGGGCCAUGUGGAGAGCAGUUCAAGUCGGCAUUCUCCUGUUUCCACUACAGUAAGGAAGAAGUGAAAGGAUCAGACUGUAUUGAGGAGUUCAGAACCAUGCAGGAAUGCAUGCAGAGGUUCCCUGAGCUAUAUCCUCAGGAGGAAGAUGAAGAUCCUCAGAGCAAAGAUGCUGUUACACCAUCGAGUGAUACCCUUCCCACAGAUCAGCAAACUGCUGCCAGUUAAUGAUUGAAUCUACUUGCCUUCAGUGCCCACUUACUGCAGAGAUUUGGAAAGACUUUGGAGAAAUCUUUCAGUCCUGACCUUUCUAUAAACUCUGAUUGGGAUACAUUCCUAGAUAAUUUUAAGCUUUGGUAAUGUGAGGGGUUUAGGGAUGGAUAGGGGGUUGAAGCUCCUGAGUCAUAUGAUGCCACUGUUUGCUUUAUCCCAUUCUAGGCAUUAAAAUUGUGGUCUGUCCUGCUAUGAAGCAGAAGCAAUUUAUCAGCCUCCCAGACCCUUGUGGCCAUAUCCUACCUCUAGCCACAGAUUUUUGUCAGUAUCCUUUCGGCAACUUUAUAAUAUCCAUGUUACGCUUCAGAAGAUUUAUCUCACUCAUUGUUACAUAAAGAGCAGGUCUUAUGUUAAAAUUCUCAUUUCACUCUCUCACCGAGGCUUUCAGUGAGUAACUUUUAAUCUCACAGCCAUUUUAUAUUUAUUUUUACAGUUGUACAUUUCAAGAAAAUUUCCAUAAGUUGUUAGUUUUGGAUGUUUUAGCAAAAAGGUUUUACCCAUUUUGUCAGAUCUGUGUAAAACUGAAAAAUGAAAUGUAACCAGUCUGAUCAUUUUUCCAAUAUAAAGAAAUCAAGCUUCAUACUUUAAUAAAGAAGAAAGGUUCAGAGUUGAGAGGUCCCAGUUGUUGCUGCACUUGAAUUACUUCAGCACUGUCAAUCUAAAUGUCUACUUAUCUUUUUCAGGUGUGCUGCUUGAUGGGUCUCUAAGGAGAACAAUCCGGUUGAGAGUCUGGUUUGGGUUUUGCUGUUUAAUUUUACUGUUAUGGUUUUUACUUUUUGAUUUUCUUUGUCAGCUGAUCAUGUAUUUUUUUUUUUGGUGUUAUUCCAUUGAGGACAUGAAGUGGAAGCCAUUCUCUUGUUCUUCAUUUUUAGUGUUCCUGUAGAUCCUUGCUGGCCGGCAUCUUGAUAUUUGUUUCAGGCUUCAUGGAUGUUAUUAACACUAUCGGUAGUCAAGACACUGAUCGCUUGUUUGUGUGGACGGCCCUUUAUUUACCUUAGAUUUUAUUGUUACUCUGUUUGAAUCUUUGUUUUAAAUUGCUUUCACCUUUGUUACCAUUUACUGUAGAUCUGGGAUUAAUUGUAAGCUCUGCUAACCACAAACAGGGCUUUAUCACAUGUAAAGAAGUAAGCAAUUUUGUAUGUGCUUAUAUUUUUAAGGUUUUGGUUGGGGAAUUGCUGCAAUGGGAAUAUUGUUGACCAGCAAAUGAGAAAAUCUUAUAGCAAUCAAAUGAAAACACAAAAUCCUUGACAAAUUUAUCAGUUUGUGUUUUUCUUUGCCUUAUUUACAGUACCUUAAGG